UGAAAAGAGAGUUGAAAAACUGAUGGUGGAGACGUUUCCCUCACAGAGAAGAGACUUAUUAUCAGGACUGAAGGAGACCAAAGAGAUCUUUAAGGUGUGGCCUUUCCUCUACCAGGAAAUUGGAAUGAGGCUUCAUUUCAGAGAACUAACAGGCAUCCAGAUUGAUGACACCUUUGAAGAGUCCACAGGUUCCAAGAUCCGGAGAAUCCUGCGGUACUUUCAGUUCGUCCAAACUGAUCCAUCAAGCAGAGUUGGCACUGUUCUUAACCAAACUCUGGAAGGAGGUGAUGACACUUGUGCAGCUGUUCAGAUGCUGCUAGCUCAUUUCAAAGAGCAACAAGAGAAAAUGUUUGUAAUUGUCGAUGACACUGCCAUUGCAAGCGAUGUUGACACCACAAAGCUUCCAUGGAACCCCUGCAUUGUGGUUUGUGGAAACAACCCACUUACUGCCAAGAUGUUCAUGGUUGCAGUGGACCAGUUCAUAGUCAACGGUCAGGUUCCCAGCUUCAACAAAGCAUUCCAGAUGAUGUUCUGUUCAUAUUACCUGCACAACAUUGACUAUCCAGUAGAAAUUGCAGCUACGCUGGAGUUCUUACAGAGAUGCAUCUUCAAAAUUAACCCUGAUCAAGGGACCAAAGUCACACGCAAAGAAAAGGGACGCCAGUACGCCAUCAACCCGAGAGUGUUGAGCCUCAUUUCCAAAAUUGCAAAUUUUGAGUGGACAGAGUAAAUGAUGUUCCUGUAAUGUACCUGAUGCUCUGAGAUGUAAACAGUAUGGAUGUUAUAGACAAUGCAAUGUUUCUUGAUGCUCCUUGAUGUUCCUUGAUGUUCCCUAGUUUGACCAGGAGUGAGUGUUAAUGGCAUGAGAGCUAUAUUUAUUUUUUGUUCGUGUUCAUUUGAUCUACCUGUGUGUUCAGCCAAAAAUUUUAAAUGCUGUCAUCAUUUACUCACCCUUUUGCUGAUCCCAUCAACUGUCUAGUUACUAGGGGUGACCCCGAAUAGUCGAAGAUUCGAUGCAUCGAUAGGAGAAGCCUGAUUCGACUACCAAUCUCAUAGUCGAAUCGUCGUAGAUGUGUUAUGAAAUGAGGAUCAUUCAAUUUUGGGCGUAUAUGGGUGCACACAUUAUCUGAUUUCACAUAUAACAGCUUUCUCACAAUAUAUUAAUAUACUGCAUAUUAUGAUAAUGCUGCAAAUAAUAUGUGAAGUAGCAGCUUUCAAUAAAUAUUUUUAAAAUGCGUUAAUAAAUCCAACAACCCCUGUGACUGGGCUUCACGUCCAUAAGAGGUUUCUGUGUUAAUAAAGCAUUG